CCCACCCCCCCACCAAUUUGCCAUCCCCCUCAGAGGCAUAAAUAAAUAAUCCCACCGGUAAACCUGUGCAUUGCUCUAACUUCCUUUCCCCCCCUCCCCCCGGCCUUCUGACAUUAUAUAUCUUCUCCCAUUUGAUCCGCCGUCGGUCUCAUAUCCGGUCUCGUCGAGCCAACCCACAAUAUGUUGGCCUCUCGAUUUGCUAGAGCUCUCCCUCGAGCAACCCCCGUAGCGUCGCGACUAGCAGCUCCUCUGCGGAGACCCCUAGGCGCCAGCUUCGCUCGAUAUGAGUCGACGGACGGGAAGGUCCAAGGUGCCGUCAUCGGCAUUGACUUGGGCACCACAAACUCGGCUGUUGCCAUCAUGGAGGGCAAAGUGCCCAGGAUUAUAGAGAACGCAGAAGGCGCUCGGACGACCCCGUCCGUCGUCGCAUUCGCGCAGGAUGGUGAACGACUUGUCGGUGUUGCUGCGAAGCGGCAAGCUGUCGUUAACCCUGAGAACACCCUCUUUGCGACCAAACGAUUAAUCGGGCGCAAGUUUACCGAUGCCGAGGUUCAAAGAGAUAUUAAAGAGGUUCCCUACAAGAUCGUCCAACACUCGAAUGGCGAUGCCUGGGUGGAAGCACGAGGACAGAAGUACUCGCCGUCGCAGAUUGGCGGCUUUGUACUCAGCAAGAUGAAGGAGACUGCCGAAUCCUACCUGAGCAAGCCUGUCAGGAACGCCGUCGUUACUGUACCUGCCUAUUUCAAUGACUCUCAACGUCAGGCUACCAAGGAUGCCGGUCAGAUCGCUGGUCUCAACGUUCUCCGAGUCGUGAAUGAGCCUACUGCCGCCGCAUUGGCCUACGGCUUGGACAAGGAAGCCGACCGGGUGGUCGCUGUUUACGAUCUGGGCGGUGGUACCUUCGAUAUCUCGGUCCUCGAAAUUCAGAAUGGCGUCUUCGAGGUCAAGUCGACCAAUGGUGACACCCACUUGGGUGGUGAGGACUUUGAUAUCCGCCUAGUCCGCUCCCUGGUCCAGCAGUUCAAGGCCGACUCCGGCAUUGAUUUAUCCAACGACCGCAUGGCCAUUCAGCGGAUCCGCGAGGCUGCCGAGAAGGCCAAGAUUGAGCUUUCCUCGUCCUUGCAGACUGAUAUCAGCCUCCCCUUCAUCACAGCUGACGCUUCCGGUCCUAAGCACAUCAACACGAAGAUGACGCGGUCGCAGCUUGAGGCCAUGAUGGACCCUCUAAUUACGAAGACGAUUGAGCCAGUCCGCAAGGCUCUCAAGGACGCCAACCUGCAAGCCAAGGAUAUCCAGGAAGUGAUACUAGUCGGUGGUAUGACCCGUAUGCCAAAGGUUUCCGAGUCGGUCAAGAACAUCUUUGGUCGUGACCCCGCCAAGUCCGUCAACCCCGACGAGGCUGUCGCUAUCGGUGCUGCUAUCCAAGGCGCUGUUCUCGCUGGCGAAGUUAAGGACCUCCUAUUGUUGGAUGUCACCCCUCUGUCUCUCGGUAUCGAGACCCUGGGCGGUGUCUUCACUCGAUUAAUCAACCGCAACACGACGAUCCCGACCAAGAAAUCCCAGGUCUUCAGCACCGCUGCCGACUUCCAAACCGCUGUAGAGAUCAAGGUGUUCCAGGGUGAGCGUGAGCUCGUCAAGGAUAACAAGCUGCUGGGCAACUUCCAGUUGGUUGGCAUCCCACCGGCGCACCGUGGUGUGCCGCAGAUCGAGGUGACAUUCGAUAUUGAUGCCGAUUCGAUUGUCCACGUCCAUGCCAAGGAUAAGAGCACGAACAAGGACCAGUCGAUCACCAUCGCCUCGGGCUCCGGUCUGUCCGAAUCUGAGAUUGAGCAGAUGGUUCAGGACUCGGAGAAGUACGCCGAGCAGGAUAAGGAGCGCAAGUCCGUUAUCGAAACCGCCAACCGCGCCGAUACUGUUCUCAACGAUACCGAGAAAGCCCUCAACGAGCACGCUGACAAAAUCGACAAGCUUGAGGCUGAUGCAAUCAAGGAAAAGAUCACAUCCCUACGGGAAUUGGUGAGCAAGAGCCAAUCUGGCGAAGAAAUCACUGGUGUGGAUCUCAAGGCGAAGACAGACGAGCUGCAAAUUGCCAGCCUCAAUCUGUUCGACAAGGUGCAUAAGGCCCGUAACGAGGGAUCUGAGAACUCCAAGGCUAGCUCCUCGGAGCCUGAGCCCGAGUUCAAGCCUGAGGACGAGUUCAAGCCUGAGGGCGAGAAGAAGCCGUGAGACGCGCAUUCUGGCCGGGGCUCACCUAGUUCCACACAGCUCGCUGUGAUUGAUCGUUUAGGAAAGGUUGGGAUCGUCUGAGCUGACUCUACCACCUUUGUACAUCAAGUUGUACUUAUACUUGCCCCCUCCGUUAUUCCCAUACACUGCCCCGAGGCGAGGUCUUCAUGAAUUUGCGGGUGGAACCGGCGUUACGAGAUUUGGGAAAAGAAAAGCUUUGCCUACGAGCCGAAGACAUUUUCAUGUGGAUCCAAUGGUGAUACAUAUGGCAUUAGGGGGGGGUUCGCGCUCUAGAUUGAGCUCAUGUAUAUAAAUGAUCACGAAGAAUCCUAAUAAGAUAUCCCCUCUCACAA